AUGGCGGCAUAUACUGUGUUGUAUCCAUACGCUCGACCUAAGUUCGCUAUUGCUUCCUUAUCCCUCGGCACUAACGCCCAUCAUGACCUUCCUACCAAAAUUCGGGUGGCAUCAAACUUGGGCUACGAUGGCAUUGAGAUCUUCAUACCAGACUUCGAAGGUUUCGUCAAUCAAGUUAGAGAGGGAAAGCAUACCGAACUCUUUACCGAGCCUAUACCAACCUCUUCUUCCACUGAGCUAGAUCUUGCGUGCGCAGCGGCGGUUUACAACCUCUGCAACUCUUUUGGCCUAGAAAUUCCUUUAUACCAACCCUUGAGGAACUUUGAAAAUUUCCGCUCCCAAGGACACAUCGAUACCAGCCUUGCAGAGGCGGAGCGAUGGCUUAGGAUCAUGCCCGCGAUGAAGUGUGACUUGCUUCUGGUAUGCUCCAAUUACAUACCUCCACCGUCUCCCAUAGGUGAAAAGUAUACGAUGGAUAUGUACAUCGACGCCCAGGUUGAUGCGUUUCGCCAGCUUGGUGCAUUAGCAGAGAAGUACGGCGUACGCAUUGGCUACGAGCCACUGAGCUGGGGAACGGUUAUCGACAACUGGAUGCAAGUUUGGGAGAUAGUGGAACGCGUUGACCUGGAGAACGUCGGUGUUCUUCUUGAUUCGUUCAAUACACUUGGAAACCAAUAUGCUGAUCCAGGCCAAGCAUCUACGAUAUGCAAGGGCCAGACACUUGCAGCUAUGCUCUUCAAUCUCGAAGAAUUAGCAAUAUCGAUCCCGGUAGAAAAAAUAUUUUUCUACCAGGUCGCUGACGCGGUCCGUCCAGCAGAGAUAUGCUACGAUGACGAUGAUACGCCUCGACGUAUGAAAUGGAGCCGCGCAUGUAGGGUGUUUCCAUGCGAACCUCAAACUCCAUGGUACUUGGGAUUUUUACCAGUAACACAGAUGACUUCUCUGUUACAUCGAAUGGGAUAUCGAGGCUGGUGGUCGCUGGAAGUCUUCAACACUUCAUUACAAGAGAGCGACAAUGGAUGCCCAGAGCGCCACGGUAGUCGUGGAAUAAACGGUUUAAACAUCCUCUGGGACGUUGUGCAAACUGACAUGCAGUCUCGGAGUUUGGACAUCGAAUUGGAGACGUUUUUCGACAGAAAAAGAGCCACCUCUAGUCCUACGUUGUCGACCCCACCACUUUCUACUGGCAGUGAUGCGAGUGACUCGUUUACACCGUCGAGUGACAACGAGUUUGAGCUCGACUUGCCAGAAGCACUCCACAGAAUCGGCGGCUGCGGAAGACCAACCUUAGCCAUUGAUAUUGAGGGACUGAAGACAAAGGACACCUAG